ACGAGAUUUAUGAGGCUGUUAGUGGAUGAAGGGUCAUUGUUCACUUUAUAAAUACCCAUCUCUUAGUGUAACCACAUUCCAUUUUCUGUAUCUCUCUCUACAGUUCAGCUUUCUAAGAAAAGAAGGGAGAGAGAAAGCAAAGGAAGAAAUUGUAGCUUCUUUCUGAAAUUAUCCUCCUUCCUUCUAUCAUUAACAGCUUGAAACAAUGGAGUUUCAGAAUCAAUCAAUGGAUGUCUCUCGUCUCUCCCCCCAGAGAAAAAUGGGUAGGGGAAAGAUCGAGAUCAAACGGAUCGAAAACACAACCAAUCGGCAAGUCACCUUCUGCAAGCGUCGCAAUGGUUUGCUCAAGAAAGCCUAUGAGUUGUCUGUUCUAUGUGAUGCUGAGGUUGCCCUUAUUGUUUUCUCGACCCGUGGCCGGCUUUACGAGUAUGCCAACAACAGUGUCAAAGCAACAAUUGAAAGGUACAAGAAGGCAUGCUCGGGUCCCUCGAAUACUGGAUCAGUUUCUGAACUAAAUGCCCAGUUUUAUCAACAAGAAGCUGCCAAAUUGCGCGUGCAAAUAGGAAAUUUGCAGAAUUCAAACAGGCACAUGCGGGGUGAGUCCCUGUGCUCUUUGUCUAUGAGGGAUCUCAAGAACUUGGAGGGUCGAUUAGAGAGAGGCAUCAGCAGAAUCCGCUCCAAAAAGAAUGAGCUAUUAUUUGCUGAAAUCGAACUUAUGCAAAAGAGGGAAAUCGACUUGCACAACAAUAAUCAGUACCUACGAGCAAAGAUAGCUGAGAAUGAGAGAGCACAGCAGCAGAUGAGUUUGAUGCCAGGAGGACCUGAGUAUGAGCUGAUGCCAUCUCAGUCAUUUGAUGCUCGCAAUUACCUUCAAAUGAAUGGUAUUCAACAACAACAACCACAACAACAACAACCACCCAAUCAUCAUCACUACUCUCGCCAUGACCAAACAGCCCUCCAGCUAGUUGCCAACUUAGUUGAGAUUGUGUUGUUUUGCUUUAAUGCUUUUCACACAACCCUCCCUUUAUUGGUGUAAUCUAAUAUUUAAUUUGCUUGAAGGCUGGUAGUUUUCUGCUGUUCAUUCCACAAAUGGAGAUGUAGUAUUUUAGCAGAUGAAGCUCCAGCUAUCUUUGGGAAAUGCUAUGAACUGGAGGUGCAAUUGCUGAAGCCUUUUGUACUCAUGACAAAUGGUUGCUUCGUUGAUGCUAUUGUCUGUUCUGUUGUUAAAAAAGAGAUUUAUUUUGCUUUGUGGUUGAUGCUUGCACUGUGAUAUUAUGAUGUUAGGUACUAUUGUAAUCCCUCCCUAUCCUUUGUGUGAUUUCCUUUUUCUUUUUAGUCUUCAUGUCACAUUUCCUUGGAUCUCUGUUACAUACAAUAUUGUUGGACAUAAUUUGUAAUUUUCAUAAGUUCAAGAAAAUUUUCUAGAUAGUUUAUGUGGCUAGAGGUUAGAAGAAUUAAGUGCAAACAAAGUGACUUCUUGUAUACCUAGGAUGACUAAAGUUAUAAUGCAUGAAGAAA